UCUCUCUCUCUCCAUCGGAUCAUCACUCCUUUAAAUCACCAUCAAAGAAAUUCCAAUUUUCUCGGAUUUUUAUUUCUAAUACUAUUUCUUUUCUUACAAUCCCUAAAACCCUAGUCCUCUUUCACGCAACCUAACUCAGCUCAAAGCUCAUCUGUUCCUGGCUCGUGGGCUGAAAUCAUUUCAGACAGCGCUUUUUAUGACUCUGCAACAACUUGCAGACAAGCUUAAACGAAGCUGUAUCUACUACCACUGACUUUGAUGGUGAAAUAUCGAAAACCCUAAAUUAAAAAAAAAAACAAAAUUUUUAAAUUGUUUUGUUUUGGCUUUGUUUUUUCCUCUGAGUGUUUUUCAUCAUCAAUGCUAAGACAAUACAGUGUUUAAACUAAACAAAACAAAGAAAAAAAAAUCCUUCUUUAAAUACCAAGAAAAAAAACCCUAAAGUCUAGAUUUUUAAAUUGUUUUGGGGGAAACGCUUAGGCAUGAGAUUACUGGUGAGAUGUUUCCUAUAAUUGGGGAUCUGAUGAAGACUAACAAUGGCGACGUGGUGGACGACAACAACCGGCUAAGCAGGUGGCAUCACAACUCUUCCCGGAUAAUUAGGGUUUCGAGAGCUUCCGGUGGCAAAGAUCGACACAGCAAAGUAUGGACUUCCAAAGGCCCACGUGACCGGCGUGUCCGGUUAUCAGUCUCGACCGCUCUUCAGUUCUACGACCUUCAAGACCGGUUAGGUCUCGAUCAGCCGAGCAAAGCCGUUGAAUGGCUAAUCAAAGCAGCGGAAGAUUCAAUCUCCGAGCUUCCUUCCCUCAACAACACUAAUUUCCCGAUGACCGAUGACGAUGAUCAGAUUCAGACAGUAACUGGCCCUUCUCCUGCUCCUGCUCCUGCGGCGAAAUCGGCUUGUAGUAGCAAUUCGGACACGAGCAAGAACUCAUCUGGUUUGUCUCUUUCGAGAUCGGAGCUAAGGGAUAAAGCUAGAGAAAGAGCUAGAGAGAGAACAGCCAAAGAGACCAAGGAGAGAGACCACCACACUACUACUACUGCUUCCUUUACCGAUCUGUUAAAUUCCGGUUCAGUUCCGGUUAACAUAAACCGGCAAUGGAUGGCUCCUUCUUCGUCUCCUGCUCAGAUGGAGUAUCUGAGCUCGGGUUUGAUACUCGGGUCGGGUCAAACCCAUUUCCCGAAUGCUCACCCUUUUCCCGAUCAUCAUCACCAAGAGUUUUCCUUCGUUCCCGACCAACUGAUUUCUCCGGCGGGAUCUAACGGCGGAGGAGCGUUCAAUCUCGAUUUCAACAUGUCGACGACCUCCGGCGCCGGAACCGCCGUGACCUCCUCCGCCGGGUUCAGUGGUUUCAACAGGGGGACCCUUCAGUCCAAUUCAGCAAAUCAUCAUCAUCAACAGUCUUUUCUCGCUAAUCUGCAGAGGUUUUCAUCGUCAGAAGGUGGUGGAGGUCCACAGUUCUUGUUCGGUGCACUGCCUGCAGAGAAUCACCACCACAACAAUCACCAGUUUCAGCUUUACUAUGAAAACGGAUGCAGAAAUUCUGACCAAAAGGGCAAAGGCAAGAACUGAUGUUGUUGUUGUUACCAUUUGCAAUCUUUUGUUUAUUUUUAUUUUAUUUUGCUUCGUCUGUCACCCAAAUGUCCAAAUCUCACUUCUCUUCUUCCGAUCAUCAUCCUCUCGGUGUGUGUCAAAUCUGUUUAAUUUGGAAAUAUUUUCAAAUUGGGGUUUGUAAUGUUGUAUUUGUGAAACUAGCAUUUUGUUUGUGGCUUCAUAAAUUCAAGUUUUAUCAUUUAUAGUGA